AUGCAACACGAAGUCAAACGAGUACAUCUCAACGAAUCGCAGAAGCACCAAAAAUACCUUAAAGAUGAACCCAAGAUCAACCAUUAUCGUGACUUGACAUCUUACAUUUUUCAAUUACGUGAUUUACAAACCUAUAACGAUGAGAGUUUCAAUGCCACAACAAGCUUGCUUCAGCUCAACCCUGAAUUUUAUACAAUUUGGAACUAUCGUCGAGAAAUUAUUGAAAAAGCCUACGGAUCAAACUCUACCAAAUUGGUGCAGAUCUUAAACGAUGAGUUGAAAUUUGUCAUGGCUCAAUUACGCAAGUUCCCCAAAGUGUAUUGGAUCUGGAAUCACCGAAGAUGGUGUUUGUUCAAAUUGGUAGAUUUAAAUCAAGUUAAUUGGGAGUUUGAAUUCAAGACGGUGGGGAAAAUGUUGGAAUUGGACCAACGAAAUUUCCAUGGAUGGCAAUAUCGCAGAUUCGUGGUUGAAAAUCUAGAAUUGGAAGAAUUGAAUCACCAAGAUGAAAAUGAUGUUAAUGGAGUGUUGAAAUUGAAUCUUGAUGAAUUCGAUUACACAACUGCCAAGAUUCUGAUUGAUUUUCUGAAUUUCUCAGCCUGGCAUAAUCGAACUAAAUUAAUACCCAAAAUUUACAAUCUCAUCAUUGGAAACCCACAAGUGACACAGACUAUUGAUCAUCCAUCGUUCCACCUUUUCCAAACUCCCUUGUCAAUCUUGAACAAUGAUUUGGAAUUGAUCAAAACCGGUAUAUACAUGAGUCCAGAAGAUAAUUCAGUUUGGUUGUACUUGUACUGGCUUUUAUCAGAUGAAUUUUUUGUCAAUGCUUUUGAAGCAGACGACAGUGAUGGUCAAAAUUAUAAGCAGCUACUUCAACAACAAAUUGACUUGAUUAAUGAAAUUAAUGCAUUGGAGAAGGAAGAUACUGGACAAGAAAACGUAGGAUGUUUGAAAGCAUUGUUUAAAAUCACUGAGUUGAAAAAUGAGGAAGAUGUGAAUAAGGAUGAAAUGAGGGAUAUUUUGCAGAAAUUGAUCAAACUCGAUGAGUUGAGGAAAGGAAGGUAUGAGGAUAGUUUAAGGCGAUACGAAUAA